AGACAUUUUUACUGUAUUGUUAAAGUUUCAUUGUGACGAGUAACGUUAUUGUUUUUCUAACAAACGACAUCUGCGGGUUUUAGGUCUAGUGUGGUUUACGGCUAUAGAGACCUUCAAUUUGGAAAUUUAAACUCGUAUUUGGUACAAGAUGUCUGGAAGAAACAACGUCACAAACAGAAAACCACGAAAUUCCAUCGCAGAUAUUCAGAAGAGUAAAAGCCUUCAAGACGAUCCUUCUCUUCAGGGAAAGAUUUCUCGUAGCCACCAUCUAAAUUUGGAAGAUAAAAGAGAUUUAGAUAGCAAAAUUAGCGAAUUUCUCCAAGCUAUUCGGCGUAAUAACGUGCAGCAAGUACGAAGAUCUCUUGAGGAGGGAAUAAAUGUUAAUGCACAAGACACGGCAACGGGAAGAUUGCCAUUGAUCGAAGCGACUAAUUUGGGGCAGGUGGAAAUCGUCAAGGCUUUAUUAACAGCACACGCAGACGUUAAUCUCACCAAUAUUCAGGGUACCACGGCUCUCCACGUAUCUGUUAAUCCGAAAGUUUUCAAUAAAGAAAUAGUACAGUUAUUUCUGGAACGAAGUAAUGCGGAUUACAACAUACAAGAUAAAGUGACCGGAAGCACACCCGUGCACAUUUUAUGCAAAGUUUGUACGUCUGCGAAGAAUAUCCCUAUGUCUACGUUGCAUGGUAUAUUAAAAGAGAUGGUGACGAGAUGUGAUCUACAAUUACAGGAUAAAUUGGGAAACACGCCUCUUCAUAUAAUGGCUAUGGGAAAGAAAGAAGACGUGGAAGCCGUAGACAUUAUUCUUUCGGCCAGACCUAAUAUUAACGUAAAAAACAAUUUAGGAGAAAUUCCCGUAGCCACGGCCAUAGACCACGGAAAUUUCGGCACGGCUCUGACUAUGCUAAAAUGCGAAGUGGACGUCGAUGUCAGGGAUCGAAGCCAAUACACUUUGUUGCAUUAUGCAGCCAAGAAAAAUGCCGGCCAAGUGAUGAAGAAAUUGUUAGAAAAAGGAUGCGAUCCCAAUGCUCGAGAUAGAGACGGCGAUACCUCGUUGCAUAUUGCUGCCGGAAGAGGUUUGGUACAGGUAACGUCCAUCUUACUGAAACAUCCGAAAACAGACAAAAAUAUGCAGAAUUUCGGGGGUUAUACUCCUUUGAUGUGUGCCGUCGAUAGCGGUUUCCUCAAAACAGUACAACUGUUAACGGCAGCCAAGUGUGACGUACGUGUUAAAUGUCCAGAAACCAACAAAACGGCCUUGGAUAUGGCCGAAGAACUAUUUAUAAAAAGAAACAGAAAAGAAAUCUUCGAUUUUCUGAUGUGUGAAAAAGAUUAAAAUUCCGAAUUUAUUUUUAAAAAAUUAAAAAUGCUCUAUUAAACAACUUUCUUGCCUAUUUAGUGUUAUAUUUUGAAGCAGA